AUGACCUCUCUUACCGAGAGCCGAGCGGCCUUCGAGGAUCGUGCGGCCGAGGUCGGAUUGUCUGCCGACGACAUCGCGGCCCUCACUGGAUCCGGCAUCCACAGUCUAGCCCGUCUAGCUUUUGCGGCAGUGCCGCCAGGGGCUACGCCUUCCAAUGAUCAGGUCCGCGAGCUUUUUGGUACUCGAGUAAUCAACGCUGGUGUCGUCGCUGCCACAAAGCGACUGAUCUUUGAGGCUCACACGAUGGUUGUUGCAGAUCUUAAGCAGAAAGUUGAAAAAGGGGAUGAUCCAACAUCCCAGCGACUGAAUCCUGCUGAGCGCGAAGCUCGCAUCACAAGGCAGCGGGCCCGGCUCACAGGGUUAACGCACCGUGGAGUGGAAGAGGUCGCAUUCGAGGCGUACAAUUUGGUGUACGGCAUGUUGCAACAAGACACGCUUGUGUACCAGCAUCCAAACAAAUUCACCACGCGUCAGCAUGAACUUCAGCUUAAGAAGGCGGUGAAGGAGGUUUCGUUGGAUGGGAGUGGCUCCUUGACAGUGCGAGACAAGCCGCAGCAGGCCACAUGUGAUACCCACGGAGAGCUGGAGCUGGUUCAAGCGCUCCGCCGAAGGGCGCUCGCAUUCGACCUCGUAGGCUGCUGCUCUUACGAUGCUAUGAACAUGUAUCAUAGCCUGCUCAUCCAGCGAGUCCAGGACGCGCCGCCGCCUAACUACGCAAAGGUUUGUGUGGUUCAGGCACUCCGCGCUGACAGAGCGGCUUUCACGAGGAUCGCUGAGAAGGUGCGUAGCCUGAAGACAGGCGCGGAUGGGGUCCGUCCAUUGGACCGUGCCUUCGAGAACAUUCUCGAUGACACACAUGUCAGCUUUCAUCUUCUGCCGCUUGCCAUUCCCGAAAAACCUAAGCACCCGCCGCCUCCGCUCAAAAGGAAGGUCGAGGAUCAGCAGGCCGAUGACAAAGGGAAUAAGCCAGGUAAGAAGGGCAAAGGCACAGGGAAAGGUAAGAAAGGUGGUGCUAGGCUGCGUGUGCCGAAGGAGUUGAUUGGAAAGUGGAGCCAGAACAAAGAUGGUGAACGCUUGUGCUGGGCAUUUAAUAUGCAGUGCGGCUGUGGAGACGCCGCCCCGGGGAGCGCAUGCUCGCGCGGGAGCAUCACAAGAAAAGCGGCGCUUGAGGGCCUGGGGCCCCUGAGCUUCGGACUGGGAAGGAGCGAGUGUCCUUCCUUGGUUUGCUCAGGGGCCGGGAGGUUCACUGCGGCUCUUCGUGCAUGUGGAAUGAAAGAUUCUUUUGCUGUGGAUGCGCGGGUCGAGGGAGCUGUGUGUCCUAUUGUAUCACUGGACCUUAGCACUGCUGAGGGCCAAAAACACUUCCUUUCGCUUCUUAAUGAGCCUAACCUGGUCUAUGUGCACAUGUCACCGCCGGCUGGUACUGCCACUCGCGGUGCCGGGCUUCGUGAUGACUUGCAUCCGCAUGGGCUUCCUUCCUUGAGAGGUGCAGACAAAGUUCGGGUCAACCAGGCCAACCGCUUGUUCGAAUUUUGUGCUCGUGCCUGCAAGAUAAUGUACAUGCGAGGGAUUUUAUUUUCAGUUGAAGGGCCUCUUCAGUCAUUUUUGUGGGCCACCAAGUGGUGGCGAGAUUUCUUCACAGACGUACCAAUUUUCGCCACAACCUUGCACCAGUGCAUGUUUGGCCACUCCCGAAAGAAGGCGACCCUGUUGGUGCACACACUGCCUGCCUUCCUUUGCCUUCAACGCACUUGCGACGGCAAGCAUUCGCACGCUUCUUGGGAUUUCGCUAAGUCCUCUGCCGAGCUUAGUUAUCCUUGGGCUCUCGCACGAGAGAUGUCCACUUUGCUGCGAAAACAAUUGCUUGAUCUGGGUUGUGCCGACGCGCCGCAGUCCUUGCACGAGCUUGAUAACCUAGUGACCGGAGCCCGCGUGUAUUCCGGAGUUCAGGCCAGCAAACGCGUCUUGCCAUUGGUCUCAGAGUUCAAAAACCGGGUCAUGGUUUCAGGGUGUUGCGAUCCCGCUUGUGUCAGUGGCCUUGAGCGCCGGAAAGUCCUAACGGAGGAUUGGACUCCCCCUGCCGGGUCCACUCUGUCGGUGGACCUGCUCUCCAUUCCUGCUGGAAGCAAGGUCCUUAGCAUCUCCACACAAGGGGUGCAGCCAGAUGCCGAAGGGGUAGGUUUAGCGAGUGCGGGAGUGUUGGCGCAACCACCGCCUGCCGAUGCGCAGAAAUGUGAACAUCUAGCUUACGAAAUUAUGUCGCGCCGCCAGCCUGGUGAGCUCACGGCCGAUGACAUGUUCGAAGUCCUGUCACAGACACCCGAAGUCCUUCCAGCCAGGGCCCGAGGUAUCCAAACGGAGGACUCUCACCAGUGGUUCUCCGGAGGCUACAGCCAUGGUCCAAUGGUCGGUGUCCGAAACUCAACUCUGCGCUGCCCUUGGACCACCGCCUUGGCAUGCCGGUAUGUACGCGAGCAGGCUCCGUGGCACAGGUUUGGAGCGAUAGCAUUCACGGUGAACCUUCUGGCUGAGCCACAUGUGGAUGCUCAUAACGACCCUAACUCUAACAACCUUGUGCUGCCUAUUACGUCGUUCAAACGAGGUGGCCUGUGGCUUGCUGACAAAGCAGGCAGCUCGCCGAGGACCAUAGACGGCACACGAGUGAUGGGCACGGUGCUUUCCUUUGACGGCGGGGGAAUUUGCUUCAACCCACGUGUGCCUCAUGCGACUGAGCGCUGGGAAGGAGAUCGUGCUGUACUAGUUGCAUUCCUCCCGGGAGGUUUGGACGAGCUCGAGCAAUGUGACCGGGCGAUCAUGGACGAGCUCGGCUUCGUCACAUCUGCUUGUGCCACUGCCAAUGCAGCCUCACAGCCCGUGAAGUUUACAGCUGAGUUUGGUGUCAGGUGGUCGCCCGAGGAGUUCGUCGAGCAGGAUGCCGAGCACGCUGACCAAGGCCUCUUCAACGACUUAGUGCAAGGGUUCGACCUAGUUGGUAAGUUGCCUGAAAGUGGAUUCUUCAAGAAGAAAUUCAGACCAGCCAGCAUGCUCGAAGCAGACUUGCGACAAGGUGCUGAUCGUGCAAGGGAAGCCACUCUGGCGACUGUUGGGCCAGCGGAUGAUCCUGUCAUCGACGAAGGUGUGCUGCAAGCGACCCUUAAGGAAGUAGACGCCGGUGUAGUCGAGGGACCCAUAGACCCCAGCACGCUUCCGGAGGGAGCCACGCUGACCCGCCGUUUUGGUGUGGUUCAGGGAGAGGUUGAUGGCGCGCCCAAGGUGCGGCCAAUCGAUAAUUAUAGGGCCUCUAGAGUUAAUGCUGCAGUGACGCAAUCGGAGCAAGUCACGGUCCACACUCUUGACGUGGUGGCGGGCAUGAUUUCGUCUUGGCUAGCCCGCGCCAAGGCCCAUCGUGUCCGGUCUGCGAUGAAUGCCAAAACGUGGGACCUUAAGGCUGCGUAUAAACAACUGCCUCUCAGUGACACCGCAUUUGCUCGAGAUGCCUACUUCGUGAUCUACGACCCAAGGAGCCAGAAGCCCGCUGUGUUCAAGCAGCGGGCUCUCCCUUUCGGAUCGCGAGCUUCAGUUACGGCGCAGUUACGGCGUUCAUCAGAUGCGCAGUGGCCGUCUGGACGGUAG